AUGUGCCAGAAUGUGCAGGGCCAGAUGAGAUCAGAUCCUCUCCUGGAGCUCUCCGCUAUUCUUAUUGAGUUAAGGAAAGACGGAAGUUAUGCCCCACGUUCUUUGUUUCGUUUUUAUCCUUAUCCAAACCACAAACUAAUCCCGUUUUAUAAUCCAUGCUCUAUAUCAGUCAACAUGAGUGACUUCACAGUAAAUCCUAUGGUGUGGGUUGGUAUUGGUUCUAGUUUUGCCUUCUCUGGGUUAUUCCAUCGUCUGUAUAAGAAUAAAAAGGAAGAACUGGACAAACUUAAGGAAAUACCUGUAUUCAAGCCUGAUUAUCAGUUGUUUAGUGUCCUGAGAGCCACCCCUCACAGACGACUCCAGUAUGUUGCCAUAGAAGGUAUGGUCCAAGCGGAUGCAGAGCCUUUAGCCAGUCAGUAUGUCCCACGAUGCUUUGGUGUCAUCCAGAGAAUAGCAGUUGAAGAGCACUGGAAAUACUGGAACUCCUUCACCAAAACCUGGAAUUCCCGAACAAAGAACCAGAAGGAAACAAACAACUCUGUCCCCUUCAGUCUGGUGAACCCAGGGACGUACAUAAGUGACUUCUGUGUGAGAAUCCACAGCCCUCUGGAGGCGUCUGGGUUCUUUCUGGACAGAGUUUACCACAGGAUAAGGCAUGCGGAGGACGACAUGGUGAAUAUCGUUCUGCAGGGCAUCAGCGGGGAGAAGCCUGGCGCCCUGGUGGAACAGGAAGAGAUGCUGAAAGUGGGGAGCACGCUGACCGGCUUUGGAGAGGUGGUCCUGGAGGGAGAGCAGGUGAUGAGGCUGCAGGCUCCACAGGACGGACGCACAUACAUCCUGGUGCCGGGAGACCACCGCAGCUUCAUGAACCGGCACGAGAGCGUGGCCAGCAUGUGGAAGUCACUCGCCGCACUCACAGGCCUCACAGGAGCCUCCAUUCUGGCACUUGUCGUCUACAACAUGUCUGAGAAGGACCGACGAUCUCGAUAG